CAUCAUUUACUCAACCGAGAAGGCUCUUUAUCAGUGUAUAAGUAACUAACGGAUUACAUGGCCUUACAAUACCCAAUUGCAUGCAUCAAACAAACCAUGGAUCAAGGAGCUUUUGUCAAGCUAUCUUUUCUAGUAGUCAUCCUUGUAGCUUUCACAUCAUUUCUUUCUCCAUUUAUAGCAGAAGCAAGACAAAAGCAAGGGCAUCACAUUAACAAAGGCCACCAUCAUGUGAAGUAUUCCCCUCUGCCAUCCCCACCAUCUCUAGCACCAACACCGACACCAGCCCCUAAUGGCGGUACACCACCAUCGUUGUCGUCUGCCCCACCACAAUCAUCAACUUAUCCUGACCAACCACUAUUAGAUGCACCAUCUCCUCCACCACCCGAAGAAGAACAAGAUGAUGAAAUAAUAACACCACCACCACCAUAUGAUCCUUACAAUGUCGGAACACCAUCCGAAUAUCCAACACCAUAUGAUCCCUACAAUGUAGGAACGCCAUCAGUAGACGUACCAGCGUAUAAGCCCCACGGUUGUAAAUACAAUUGUACUGACUCAAAUGACUGCGAUUGGCCUUGUACAGUUUGUUGCUGGAAUGGGACUUGUUGCUAUGACUGGCCAGAACUUCCAUACGAAUAAAACUCGGUAAUGAGUUUAAUUACCUAUACAAAAUAAUUUAUAAGAUGAGAAUCGAUCCUAGGAUCUCUUGAAAUUGAGAGGGAAGAUCUAACCUAUUCAGCCAUCCUGGCAUCCUCCACCAUCACACUAUCACAUUAUGUUGUCUAUGUAUGUUUGUUUGAUUUGUUUUUCUAAUUUUAUUCCAUAUGAUGGUAAAUUAUACACGUGUACAAUGUACUACCUUCGAUUUUCAUUAUUUGUAAGAAUUGUAACUUAGGGUAUUAUUUGUGAUAUAUAAAAUAUUCGGAUGCAAAAUAAAAGUAGGGAUGCAACAGUUUCAUCGUGAUAACUUCUUAAUUAAUUUCAAACAGCUCCAUAAUUAGCUUGUUCUAUGUGCUUAACCUUUGAAAAACAAGCCUAAACGAAUAUAUCUUUCUAGAAAGAUGCUUUCUAACAAAACCUUCUCUGGUAAACAACUCUUCCAAGUUUAUGUUCUUCAUAUAAUAGGCCACUCAAUCUUCUGCCUUUAGAAUUCUUCAUUUUUAAUUAACUUCAUACGACAACAAUGUUUAUAUGAUCAUGUGAAUAAUUAAUUUUAUUCAAUUAAUUAGCUAGCUUUACUUCAUUUCUAAUUAAGAUUGAAAUGGAGGUCAACGUGAAAAAAAAUAUAUAUAUAUUGUCAAAAAAAAGGGUCAUUUUUUGGGAUUUGUUAAAUAUCGCCCACAA